AUGUUCUACUCCGAGACCCUCCUGUCCAAGACGGGCCCGCUGGCCCGCGUGUGGCUGUCUGCGAAUAUCGAGCGCAAACUGUCCAAGUCACACAUCUUGCAGUCGGACAUCGAGAGCAGUGUCAGUGCCAUUGUCGACCAGGGCCAAGCGCCCAUGGCUCUGCGAUUGAGUGGGCAGCUAUUGCUGGGUGUGGUGCGCAUCUACAGCCGGAAAGCGCGCUAUCUUCUGGACGACUGCAAUGAAGCCUUGAUGAAAAUCAAAAUGGCUUUCCGUCUUACCAAUAACAAUGAUCUGACGACUACGGUCGUGGCACCUGGUGGCAUUACCUUGCCUGAUGUGUUGACGGAGUCCGACCUUUUCACCAACCUCGACACGUCUCUUUUGUUCCCCCAGACCCUGAAUCUGGAGCCGGAGGGCAAGCGGCCAGGUGCGAUGGAUUUUGGAAGUCAACUCCUUCCUGACAGCAGUUUUCGUCGCUCCGUCUCUCAGGAACCUGCACGUCUAGAAGACCCGUCCUUGGUUGAUCUAGACCUGGGCGAAGAUGAAGUUCCCCUUGGCAAUGACACGACCAUGGAAGUUGGCCGAGAUGCUCCUCCGCCUCGUCCCAUGGAAGAAGAUCUUUACAGCGACGCCGGGAAGCUCAACGAUGAUGACGACUUGGGCCUGGACCUCGGAGAAGAUGACGCUCCGCUUGACAAGAUGGACAUGGGCGAUGAUGGCCUUCAUGACAACGUGAACGACCUUCUGCCAGAUGGUGCAAUGGACUUGGGCAAUGACGACGAUUUUGGCGGCCAGACUCCUCGUGCGGAAGAGAAUCGGUUCAACCGGGAUUCCGAAAGCCCGCUUUCGGAUGCGGGCUCGGUUCAGAUGCAUCAAUUGGAAGAAGAGUUCAACCUCGACCGCCAGGCAACCCCGGAGACCGAGCGCGCCAGCGCUCAGAAUGCUCAGCGCACCAAGCGCCAAAAGCUCAUGACGCUAGACAAGGACGUGGGCCUCUCCAACAGCAAGAUUAAGGAGCAGCAGAAUGAUCGCUCGGAGAUUUUGAAGCCCGCCACCUUUUUGCCUCGUGACCCUGUUCUGCUUACCCUGAUGACCCAACAGCAGAAUGGUGACUUUGUCUCCAACGUGUUCGGCGAGGGCCGCGGCCGUGCAUGGGCACCUGAACUGCGAGGACUCCUCUCUUUGGAUACUGUCAAGAAGUCGGGUGAGCUGAAGAGAAAGCGUGACAGUGGCAUUUCCGACAUUGAUGUGGCAGGCGCCGACGUCCCGGCGCUGGAACUUGGUGAGGAGGAAGCUAUUGUGCCGGUUGACGAGGGCAUUGGCCUGGAAACGACCUUGAAUCAGCGAUCGGAGAUUGAGUUCCCUGGCGACGAGGGGAACCAUGACCUGCACUUGAGCGACGACGACGGCAUGAACCAGCCGCUGGAGGACCUUGACGAGACGACCGCGCAUCCCGUGGAUAGCGAGCCUGUCUCAAUGGGCACCAAUCAUGCCGUGCACAUUCUGCGAGAGCGACUGGGCGAGUCGGCCGCGGAACAAAAGAAGGGAGUGACUUUCCAAGAACUUCUUCCGGAGCAGCGCUCCAGCAAGGCGGAUGCUACCAAGAUGUUCUUUGAAGUCUUGGUACUGGCCACGAAGGACGCGGUUAAGGUGGAACAGGGCUCCAAGACGAUUGGCGGACCCCUCAAGAUCCGUGGGAAGCAGGCGCUCUGGGGCUCUUGGGCUGAAGAGAAUGCCGCCGGUGCCAUGAGCCAGUUGAGCCAGGCACUGUAG